AUGCUCCGCUCAGCGCUUGCUCCGGGCACUGGAGUCGCUCGAUCAUCCAUCGCCCGGCAACACCGCUGCCUCGCGACAUUUGCGGGCAACACCGUCCGACUCGCAUCCGAGAAGCAGGCCGCCGCCGACUCGUCGAAGCCGCCGCUCGUGGUCCUGCACGGUCUCUUCGGCAGCAAGCAGAACUGGCGGAGCCUUGCAAAGGGGCUGGCCCAGCGGCUGGGGCGCGACAUCUUCACUCUCGACCUGCGAAAUCACGGCCACUCGCCGCACAAGCGCGAGUGCGCAUACGACGACCUGGCUUCGGAUGUCAAGGCCUUCAUCGAGCUGGAGGAGAAGCUGGACGAUUGUGUCGUUGUGGGACACUCGAUGGGCGGCAAGGUCGCCAUGGCGCUGGCGCUGGGCGGCUGCGAUGCCCUCUCCCGCCUUGUCGUGAUUGACAUCGCACCUGCGGUCGGCAAGAUCUCGCCCGAAUUCCAGGCGUACCUCGACGCGAUGAAGGAAAUCGACGAGGCGCAAGUCAUGUCGCGGAAGGAGGCGGACGCGAUCUUGCAGAAGACCGAGUCGGACCUCGGCGUUCGCCAAUUCUUGCUCACCAACCUGGACCGCAGCUCGCCGUCUGACCCGUACCGCUUCCGCCUCCCGCUACACUACCUCGCCAACGCGAUUGGCGAGAUUGGCAACUUCCCCUACCAGCCAGGCGAGCGAGUGUACGAGCAGCCGUCGCUCUUCCUCAAAGGGAGCCGAAGCAAGUACAUCAACUCGCGCAACAUCCCUCUCAUCAAGCAGUUCUUCCCCAACUCGCAACUUGAGACGCUAGAGACGGGUCAUUGGGUACACGCCGAGAAGCCGAAGGAGUUCAUUGAGUCGCUAGACAGGUUUCUCAACCAGUAG